GAUAGCCACAUAAUGCAGCACAAGCUGGGUUAGAACCCUUUGUAACAGGCCCCAUAAAUAAUGAUUAUCCUUUCAUCGAGAACCAAGAAAAGUCAUUAAGAGAUACUAAAAAGAAUCUGUUUCUGUGGUAGCAGCAGACCAGAUGGACACUGUGGCAAGGUUGGCACCCAGGAUGGUCUCAAGUCUGCCAAGCGUAAUGUUGGAAAGGCUUCCACAAAUCAUCCUGCUGUCUCACCAACCCCCAUUCUUCUUCUUUGAGGGAUUCCCAUUGACUUCUGUGGUCAUUUCAGGACAGUGUGUAAACAUUCUAGAUGCAAGCAUCAACUGUGAUGGAAGCAUUCACAGUUUAUUAAAGUUGAAUUCUUCUUUUGGAAUGUAGCCAACCACUGAUGGAGGAUUUGCUCUAUUUUUGUCCCCCCUCCCAUUCAUUAUUCAUGUAGUUUGUUGCCGGGAAAGAUUACAACAUUCACUGUUAUGAACAAGUAGUGAAAAAGAAUUGGAAGUUGUUGCCUCAGAGCACACAAGGAAACAUGAGAUAACUAUUAUCUCAUAGAAAAAAGGAGGUUUCCUUUCAUUAAAAAGUUUCACAUUUACAUUUCUAUCUUCCAAUCAGAACAUAUCUGUGUUAAUAGUCUUGAUUCAAGAAAGCUGCAUUUAAAAUGAUGCAUUUUUUUAGGUUUCAGUGACCAACAUAAGCGCCUUAUGUCUACUGCAGAAAAGGUGGUGUUGCUAUAGUGCGCCUCUUCCCUGCUCCAUCACCAGCACCUAUUUUGGUAUGCAGAGCAGUGCCCGACUGCAGGUUGGACGGAGCUUCAUACAGUAACCAGUAAAUAACUCAACGGCCACGCCUGCCUAUAGGGAUAUUUCACCCACAACUGUUUUCAUCACUUAAUGAAAAUUUCACCUCCCACUGUGCUGACAUGUGCUUAAGCGUUAGGGGUCGCUUCAUGUGUGCGCAUGGGGCGCUGGCUUAGUGAAAUUGCAUAAUCUUCAAACCCACUAUGACUUUCAUGCAUGUCGUUUCAAGUCAGUGUCUGAAGACGCCGUUCUGCCCACCAUGUCGACUAAAAGGAGGCUAUCAGCAGCGUCUCCUUUCACCGAGCGUUGGAGCUUCAGCUACAGAUAAUCUUAUGGAAAUUAUGGUAGAUGUAUGUGGUGCAAAACUGCCCAAAAAGAAAACAACAUAUUUAACUGGGUGACGCAAGAUAAAAAAAAAAAAAAAAAAGACUUGUUACUGAUGCUUCCAAUUUGAAGAAGGAGAUCCUCACUUAGAACACACAUCCACCUAUUUUCUGAGGACGUUAUCUCUAGGUGUCUACUAGAGACAGACGUUACCUCCGCAGCCACCGGCUCGUCACAGAGUCGCUCCGGUGCGGAGGAAAGCAGUGGAACAAAGAUCAUUCUGCUGAUCCCAGCACCUUCGGUUAAUAAGGGAAGCACCGACACCUCCUUGGUCGUCUCCCUCCGCCCUUUUUUUGCCAAUCGCCACCCCGCGGCUCCCUACCCGGAGGAGAAGAGUCGGGGAGGGGAAACCGAGGACACACCCGCGCAUGCUGUACGCGGUGUACACGGCAAGGAUGCUGCAGACAACAUGAGGUGAAUAUCAUCGACUGUCCCGAAUCGGAAAUUCAUUUUCCCCCCACCUGCACUGGAGACUGAAGACCCGUUUGCCGCAGCUGAUUAUAGAUAUCCACCUCCCUGACACCAGCGGGAGCAUCCAGCCUCACCCAGAGACGAAAAAGAUGUCUGUAGUCAGAUCCUAGGUGACAUCCUGUGGCCUUCAGGUCUUCACUCUGUUGAGUCCCCUUCCUCUCCUGGCCCCCACCUGCAGUUCUCCAGGCUGCAGGACCCAGACAUCCUGAAAGGUGCAGGCCACCUCGCCCUGCAGAAUGACUGUUGCCACAGGUGACCCCUCUGACGAGGCAGCUGCACACCCAGGGCACCCCCUGGACUACGACCCAGAGGCAGACCAUGAAUGCUGUGAGAGGGUGGUCAUUAACAUCUCAGGGCUGCGCUUUGAGACACAACUCAAAACCCUCUCUCAGUUCCCCGAAACUCUGCUGGGGGAUCCCAAAAAGAGGAUGCGCUACUUUGACCCACUAAGGAACGAGUACUUUUUUGACAGAAACAGACCGAGUUUUGAUGCUAUAUUGUAUUAUUAUCAAUCAGGAGGCCGAUUGAGAAGGCCGGUCAAUGUCACUCUUGAUAUUUUUUCAGAAGAGAUUCGCUUUUAUGAGCUUGGGGAGGAGGCCAUUGAGAUGUUCAGAGAAGAUGAAGGUUUCAUCAAGGAGGAGGAACGUCCUCUUCCUGACAAUGAGUUCCAAAGACAGGUGUGGCUUCUCUUUGAGUACCCAGAAAGCUCAGGUCCUGCUAGGAUUAUUGCCAUAAUUUCUGUCAUGGUCAUCCUGAUAUCUAUUGUCAGUUUCUGUUUGGAGACUCUCCCAAUAUUCCGCAAUGAUGAGGAUGAAAUGCAUAAGUCCCAUGCUCAAGUUUUUUCACCUGAGACCAACUCUACAAUAAUCAGCUACACAUCCACCUACUUCACUGACCCCUUCUUUGUUCUAGAAACUCUCUGCAUUAUAUGGUUCUCCUUUGAGUUUUUGGUGCGCUUCUUUGCCUGCCCAAGCAAAGCAGGCUUUUUUGGUAACAUAAUGAACAUUAUUGAUAUUGUUGCCAUCAUUCCUUACUUUAUCACUCUUGGCACCGAGUUGGCAGAUAGAGCAGAGGAUGGUCAGCCAGGUCAGCAAGCCAUGUCUUUAGCCAUUCUCAGGGUUAUCCGCUUGGUUCGAGUCUUCAGGAUCUUCAAGUUGUCCCGUCACUCCAAGGGUCUUCAGAUUUUAGGUCAAACCCUAAAAGCCAGUAUGAGAGAGCUCGGCCUCCUCAUUUUCUUCCUCUUCAUAGGGGUCAUCCUAUUUUCUAGUGCAGUUUAUUUUGCUGAAGCAGAUGAGCCUGAGUCACAGUUUGAGAGCAUCCCUGAUGCAUUUUGGUGGGCUGUCGUGUCAAUGACAACAGUCGGCUAUGGCGAUAUGGUCCCGACUACAAUUGGAGGCAAGAUAGUGGGAUCCCUCUGUGCCAUUGCAGGUGUGCUGACCAUUGCCUUGCCAGUGCCUGUCAUUGUGUCCAACUUCAACUACUUUUAUCACCGUGAGACUGAAGGCGAAGAGCAGGCUCAGUAUCUGCAGGUUAAUGUACCCAAAGCUGAUUCAGGUGAGGAGCUAAAGAAGAGCCGAAGUGGCUCCACCAUCAGCAAAUCAGACUACAUGGAGAUUCAGGAGGCUGUGAACAACAGCAAUGAAGACUUUCAGGAGGAGAACCUUAAAACAGCCAACUGCACACUAGCCAAUACAAACUAUGUAAACAUCACCAAGAUGCUCACAGAUGUGUAACCUGCAUAUGUUUCUUUCCAUCACAGUGGGAAAAAUAAAACUGUACUGCCAGAUGGGACAGAAUUGCACCCUACUACAACACAUGUAAUAGAAAAAUCAAGGCAAUAGAAAAUAGAAUGUCAAUGUCGAUUGAGCGAAAAAUAUUCCAAAUGCCAUAUCUUCCCUUUGCACCAAUCAAGUCUGUAGUUCUAAGAUGUGAAUUUCUGCAUGGAGUUGUCUUUGUGUGAUCAGCUGCUACAAAAAUUGACAAAACCUAAAACUGUCCUUCUCACCACUGUAGCCAACAGUUGCACACAAUGAAAAGAAACUGAAAAAAAGGAAACUCCCCGCUUUUGACCGUUACCCCUUUAUCUGUCAAUUCACAUGGCACACAGCUCUGAUGGGCUUUUCUAAAGAGCCUGUUGUGUUUUCUAAAAUGCAUUUAGAAAAAUCAUUUUUCUAAAAUGCAUUUAGAAAAAUCAUUUUUCUAAAAUGCAUUUAGAAAAAGCAUUUUUCUAAAAUGCAUUUAGAAAAAGCAUUUUUCUAAAAUGCAUUUAGAAAAAGCAUUUUUCUGAAAUGCAUUUAGAAAAAGCAUUUUUCUAAAAUGCAUUUAGAAAAAGCCUUUUUCUAAAAUGCUUUAACAUUUAGGAAAAAAAGGAUGUGCGAGCAUUAACCAAGCCCACUCCAAAUGGCCUGUGGAUGACUUGUAACGAUGCUGGUGGUUAAGUACACCAUGUUAUUUGAAGGAUGUAUGAUAGCCAUCAGCUCUUAGCUUAUGGUUUGACACCCUUCCCACUAGUAGACAUCAGUAUCUGAUGAAUGACUGACAAUGGCCUUGAAUUUUCACUGCUUUGGUCUUACAUGUACUCUAUGUAUUGCGAUGCAAGCUUUCCCACCUCCAUUCACCCAAACUUGUCUUACUGCAGAGCUUUGAGACAUCUUGAAUGUUUCUUCUUGUUUAGUAUUUCACUAUUUCACUUUUACAGAGCUUAUCCAUGUAGAUAGGUAGUUUAACUGUGACUUAGCUGAUAUCCAAUAGGUAGGUAGGAAGAAAACAUAGUCAGUAGAUUACUGCAUGACAUUUUUAUCUCAAUGAGAAGUUCCACUUGGUUUUCAAACUGCCACUUGCUUCACCUGGUCACUGUAUAUUUGUCUGUACACUGCCUUCUGUAGAAAUCCACACUUUUAAAAGGAUGCCUGCAGAUAGCUAUUAACCUAAAACUGUAAGUUUGAGAACUUUUGACUUAAUAAUAAUAAGGUAAAUUUCUACACGUAAAAAGAUGUGUAUCAAUAUUUACAUUCCAUCCAGAGGUCAUUGCCAUUUUGCCAGGUUGCUGUAAUCUGAGCUGUGAUUGGGUAGACGUAAACUCAUACCCUGCUUUUGGAUGUUAAUCUCAGCCUCAGUGAUCAAAGUCUUGCAAUUGUGUCUGUUUCACAGAUUCAUCUAAUUGUGUCCAUGUUAUGAAAAUAGCAACUUGUAGGUAAAUGUGUGUUGGAAAAAAACGCUUUAACUGCCUUUUGUCUGAGUUUACGCUUUUCACCUAGUGUUGCAUGACUAAAACAUUUCUAGCAUGCAUGUAAGCGAAAACAGGAAGCAUCUAAGAGACUCAAAUGAAAUAUUGCAAUAGAUAUAUUUAUUUCUUAAAUGUAAAACAAUAUAUCUUUAUAGACAGAUCACAUAAUACUGCAUACAUACGCUUUUAUCAGAGAUCUUAAGCCCUCAAAAAUAAGCAUGAGCUUUUCCAUCUUGGCUAUUUCUAACAAUAUUAAUAACUGUUCCUUUCAGAGUGCCAAAGACACACUCUCACUAGGCGUCAUAGCAAGAUUUCUAGUCAAAGUAGUUCUUAGGAAAAUUGACAUAUGACCUGUAUCUUAACCAGAAUUUUAGAAUGCUUUGUUUUUAAACUGCCCUCAAUAAAGUAGGUGUUUACCAGUAGGAUGAUCUUUCAGCUGUAAACAAUAAGCUUACUUUUUUACCCUAAACAUUUUAUGAACAUUGGAUUGAUAUAAUAACAGUGAAGUCCCACUGUCUCCUCAGAAAACUGAUGCCAGGAGCUCAAUAUAUCUUUAAAAGUUGGCAUCAGACGUGAAUUAAGUUCUCCGAUUGCAUACAGCUAAAACUUUCCACAGUUCGCUCAACACUGCCAAGGUAACAGUCAAAGGCAGUAACAUUAAUACAGAAGGUGAUAAUUAGCAGCAGUGUAGCAGACAUUGUCUGACCUACAUAUGGUCUGACUAUGCCCCUGUGUCUCUUGUCUCUGCAUUUUCUCACAGAUGUCCAACGCAGUUACAAAAGGUUGUUGCCUAAGAGAAGGUGUGUAGCAAGAAUUGUUUUGAUGAGUUUUGUGAAUGCAAGGGUUUCCUUUUUGAUACUACAGUCUAAACCUAGAGUCGCAAAAUGUUCCAGUGUCAUCGCUGCCAGUAUGUGCUCAGGAUGCAUCGUCCAACUGCCCGACAUGAGGCUUCCUAACUGUCCAAACUGUUGGUUUUUAGAGACUUUUUUUUUACUUAUGUAAUUUCCUGGGUAGUCUAAGGUAAAUUGAGAUGUUAAAUUACUACUAUCUCAAGAUAGAAUAACAAUAAGUAGCUUUUUCUUAGCAAUACACCCAUUCUACAUAUGUGGACCACUCUUUGUGAAAAUAUGCAUGAUUGUUUAACUACUUAUAUUCAUAAAGCUUUUCCAUCCAGUUAAGAUUUUUCUCCUGGGAACCAAUUUGGAUGUGCUAAUGUACAGCCAGCAGUAAUGUACACGUGUCACAGGGAGAGAGAAGAACCUCUGAAUGUCACCAUUAUAGUCUGGUUCUACAGCUGCAUUUAUGCAACCACAUAUCUUUGUAUUUGUGGAAAAACUCACAGUCUGACCAAAAAUAUUUGUCUAUGCAUGGAAAUGCAUCAUAUGUUUAUGUCUUCAUUUGUUUUGUGUUUUACACUUACGAUAAAUGUUAGCAUCUUAACAUUUAUCUGUAAUGGAAUAGGUGCGUUACUGUGUUUUAGCCUAACUCACUGUAGCAACUCAUGAACUGGAGACCACAACAUGGUAAUUGAACAUCCACUACUGUUUCUUCUUAAAGCACAAAUAGAGCUGACGUUCUCACCCACAGAGGGACCCACCAGCAAAUCCUACUCCAUGAGCAGAGUGUCCCACAGUGAAUACGUUGAGAGAUCUAUGCAGAGAUUGAUUUUUAGCUGGCCACUUUUAAGAAAAUAUAACUUUUGAGUUCAGAUUUCCUUUAAUGUUUUAUCUACCACUAGUUUCAUGAUGGUUUAAAAAGCUGUUGAAAGAAACUGUAAGAAAAUCCUAGGCUUGUUAGCUAAAGGAGAAAUAUUAACUGCCUGAGGUUUGGGUUUGUUUGAACUGCCAUGUCAGCCCUCUGCAGCAGGACCCCAGACAACUCAACCAUAUGAGACACAAAAUGAUCAACAAGCAAACUGUGUGCAAGUGUGUGUUUAAGAAUCGGUGUCCUUUCUUUCUCUUUCACACCCAGAGCCUGCUAGUGUGGCAUCCAUUAAAACAACUUGUACAGCUAUUCACUUCACUUCUGCUCUGCUGUAUAGAAGCCUAAAACAUCCAACAAUGCUGAUACAGUGGAUAAUGAUUUUUCUUUCUGUGAAAUGAAAUGUGGAACAAUAUUGUAAAUAAUCAUAAAGAAGAAUGGAGAAGGAACACAUGUACUACAUAUUGUAUGUAAUGUUUGGAUUCAAAAGUAGUAUUACUCGCACUUUACAACAAAAAGGACAAUCUCUGGACAAGAAAAGAUGUAAAAUAAGAAAUACGUAUACUUCCAAAUGCUCAUAACCCUGAAAAAGUUAUAUCAAUAAUGAAGCCAAUAAUUAUUCAACUGAAA